AUGGCGCGUCACCAGCCGGGUAGCGGCCUCAUCCUCGACUACAAGCGGUGCACCCGUUCCGCAUACAUACGCACAACCACUCACAUACAUCCGCCUCCCCAUAUCCUCACCACCGCCACCAUUGGCAUCCCGACGCCCUCGACACCGCCUGGCUGCGAACUGCUCGACUCGCCGCACUCCUCCCGCCAGCGUGGCUCCCGCACCGCACCCUACCGCUGCACCGCACUUGCCCCACUACGCCCCGAGUGGCCAGCACUCUCCCCGACAUUUACUCUCGCUCUCCCCAUGCAUCUCCCCCAGAGAUAG